CAAGAAACUAGCUUCUCGAUCUCACGAAACAAGACACUUCAUUGACACCAUGGCUUCAAAGCAAGCCGACUAUAUCCGCAAAGUCGCACUCGUUGGCGCUUCUGGAAAAAUCGGCUCACACAUCCUCUCCUCCAUCCUCGAUACCGGUAAACACUCAGUGACCAUCCUCACCCGCCCAGAUAGCAGCGCCACCUUCCCCUCCUCCCCCAACGUCAACGUCGUCAGAGUCGACUAUGCCUCCGAAGAAGACCUCAUCUCCGCUCUUCGCGGCCACGACUUCCUCGUCAUAACCCUUUCCGUCCAAACAUCACCCACAAACCAUGCUUUGAUCGUCGAAGCAGCUGCCAAAGCAGGUGUCAAGUGGAUCAUGCCAAAUUAUUGGGCUUUUGCUCCCGGUCCGCGUGGAGGCACACUUUCUUCUGACCCUUUGAUCAGCAGCUUCGGGAAGUUCAUCGAUGAUGUUCGCAAUGUAUCUGUGCCGGACGGAGGCGUGAAGCCGAACUGGAUCGCACUAUGCUGUGGGUUCUGGUACGAAUUCAGCUUGUCGCAGGGAGAGCCGUGGUUUGGCUUCGACAUCAAGAAUCGGCGUGUCACACUGUACGAUGAAGGGGAGGUGAAGAUCAACACGAGCACGUGGGAGCUGUGUGGGAACGCUGUCGCCUCUCUGCUCUCUCUGCCCAUCGCUUCGAGUGAGCAUGGAAAGCCGGCGGUAGAGGAUUGGAAGAAUCAAGGCAUUCAUAUCUCAAGCUUUCUGAUUAGUCAGAGGGAGAUGCUGGACAGCUUGAAUCGAGUGUUAGGAACCUCGGAUGAAGAUUGGACCAUCACGAAAGAUCCAGUGAAAACGAGAUAUGAAAAAGGGCUGCAGCAGUUACAAGGGGGUGAUAGGCUUGGGUUUGCGAAGGCGAUGUACGCGAGGUGUUUCUUCCCGGGUGAGGGCGGGGACUAUGAGACGGGAUAUGGUUUGGAUAAUGGGAAGUUAGGGUUACCGAAGGAGAGUUUGGACAAAGCAACUAAGAGGGCGGUGGAGAUGGUCAAGGGUGGUGCCGGGAUUCACUGAGCGCGGAUUCGUUUUGACGUUACUAUUUCGAGCACAGUUGUGAUCGUUUUUGGUAUUUAUUGGCGGUUGUUAAG